AGCCCCAGGCCUCCCCAAGCGAAGGAGGCAGCGGCAGCGCCUGGCCCCACCGGCCCGAAGAGUAAGAGCUUCGACAUGAUCUACAAGAUUGAGGAUGUGCCCCCCUGGUACCUCUGCAUUUUGCUGGGCUUCCAGCACUACCUGACCUGCUUCAGCGGCACCAUUGCCGUGCCCUUCCUGCUGGCCGAGAGCCUGUGCGUGGGCAAGGACCAGUUCACUGUGAGCCAGCUCAUCGGCACCAUCUUCACCUGCGUGGGCAUCACCACGCUGGUGCAGACCACCGUGGGCAUCAGGCUGCCCCUCUUCCAGGCGAGCGCCCUGGCCUUCCUCGUCCCCGCCAAGUCCAUCCUGGCCCUGGAGAAGUGGAAGUGCCCGCCGGAGGAGCAGAUCUACGGCAACUGGGCGCUGCCGCUGAACACCUCGCACAUCUGGCAGCCGCGCAUGAGGGAGAUCCAAGGGGCCAUCAUCGUAUCCAGCCUGGUGGAGGUGGUCAUCGGGCUGCUGGGGCUGCCCGGCGCGCUGCUCAGCUACAUCGGGCCGCUCACCGUCACCCCCACCGUGUCGCUCAUCGGCCUCUCCGUCUUCCACGCGGCCGGCGAGCGGGCAGGAUCGCACUGGGGCAUCGCGGCGCUGACCAUCUUUCUGAUCGUGCUGUUUGCCCAGUACCUGCGGAACAUCACACUGCGCCUGCCCGGCUACCGCUGGGGCCGAGGCUUCGUCCUCUUCCGCGUGCAGAUCUUCAAGAUGUUCCCGAUCAUCCUGGCCAUCAUGGUGGUGUGGCUGCUGUGCUACCUGCUGACGCGGGCCGACGUCUUCCCCAGCCGGCCCGACGCGUACGGCUACAAGGCGCGCACGGACGCGCGGGGCGAGAUCCUCUCCGUGGCACCCUGGUUCCGCGUGCCCUACCCGUGUCAGUGGGGCCUGCCCACAGUGACGGCCGCAGCCGUGCUGGGCAUGUUCAGCGCCACGCUGGCGGGCAUCAUCGAGUCCAUCGGGGACUACUACUCSUGCGCGCGCCUGGCGGGUGCGCCGGCCCCUCCUGUGCACGCCAUCAACAGGGGUAUUUUCACGGAAGGGAUCUCCUGCAUCAUAGCCGGGCUGCUGGGAACGGGCAACGGCUCCACUUCCUCCAGCCCCAACAUUGGCGUGCUGGGCAUCACGAAGGUGGGGAGCAGAAGAGUGAUCCAGUACGGCGCGGGCAUCAUGCUCRUCCUGGGAACCAUCGGCAAGUUCACGGCGCUCUUUGCCGCGCUCCCAGACCCCAUCCUCGGAGGGAUGUUCUGCACGUUGUUCGGCAUGAUCACGGCCGUCGGCCUCUCCAACCUGCAGUUCGUUGACAUGAACUCCUCCCGCAACCUCUUCGUCCUGGGCUUUGCCAUGUUUUUUGGGCUGACGCUGCCCAACUACUUGGAUUCCAACCCCAACGCCAUUAAGACAGGUGUCCCCGAACUGGACCAAAUAUUCACAGUGCUCUUAACGACAGAGAUGUUUGUUGGGGGGACCAUCGCCUUCAUCCUGGACAACACCAUCCCAGGGACCCAGGAGGAGCGGGGCCUGGUGCAGUGGAAGGCCGGAGCGCACUCGGACAGCUCGACCGCGGCCAGCUUGAAGAGCUACGACUUCCCCUUCGGAAUGAGCGCCGUGCGGAGCAGCCGCUGGCUGCACUACGUGCCCAUUUGCCCCGUGUUCCGAGGCUUUCCCGGGAGACCCAGGCGCGGACAGGAAUCCGCUGGCAACGCGUGUGGCCCCGCGGACGCCCCCUCCGUGUGCACCAAGGUGUGA